AUGCGCGGUGCAGAUCCGUGGUCACUAUCCCGGCUGGUGCUACUGUCGCCCGUCUGCUUAGCUCCUGCGGCUUCUACGAUGUCCAAAUCAAAGUUUCUGACAGAGUGGGAGGAAAUAGACGAAGAAUAUCAACAGUUACAGGAAACUCAUAAAUUAUACCGACAGAAGCUGGAGGAGUUGACGAGUCUUCAAACAUCCUGCAGUAACGCCAUCAGCAAACAGAGGAAGUGUUUAAAGGACGUUAAAUACAGUUUAAAAAGGUCAGCUCAGACCUCAGCUCAGACCUCUGAGAAGGACCUGCACGCUCUGGCUGAGAUCCAAAGCCAAGUUAAAGAGCGAGAGAAUGUGUUUUUUGAUAUGGAAGCCUAUUUACCAAAGAAGAACGGUCUGUACCUGAAUCUGGUUCUGGGGAACAUCAACGUCACGCUGCUUAGUGACCAGGCCAAAUUUGCUUAUAAAGAUGAAUAUGAGAAGUUCAAGCUGUACCUGACCAUCAUCCUGCUGUUCGGAGCCAUCACCUGCCUCUUCUGCUUCAACUAUCGAGUCACUGAUGAAAUCUUCAACUUUCUCCUGGUUUGGUACUACUGCACUUUAACCAUCAGGGAGAGCAUCCUCAUGUGCAACGGCUCCAGGAUAAAGGGCUGGUGGGUCUCUCAUCAUUAUGUCUCCACGUUCCUCUCAGGAGUGAUGCUGACCUGGCCGGAGGGACCCAUGUACCAACGCUUCAGGAGCCAGUUUCUGUCAUUUUCUAUUUAUCAAAGUUUCUUACAGUUCCUACAGUACUAUUACCAGAGCGGCUGCUUGUACAGACUUCGAGCUCUGGGGGAGAGGAACCAGCUGGACCUCACAGUGGAAGGGUUCCAGUCCUGGAUGUGGAGGGGCCUGACCUUUCUCUUACCGUUCCUCUUCUUUGGACACUUCUGGCAGCUGUAUAACUCUGUGACGUUGUUCCAUUUGGCUCAACAUGAAGACUGUAAAGAGUGGCAGGUUUUCAUGUUGGGGCUAACUUUCCUGGUCCUGUUCCUGGGAAACUUCCUCACCACUCUGAAAGUUGUUCACCAAAAACUACAGAAAUAUCUUGAAAAAGGAAAGAAAAAAGACUGA